UUCUCUCUUUCAUUUCUCUCUUUUCUCUCAAUCUCUUCCAUUUACAUUAACCAAAAAAAAAAAAAAGUUUCUUGAGAGUUCCCUAGAAAAGUUUUCCAAUCUCAACACCCUCAUAACCCUUGCAUACAUAUUCAAAACAAAUUCAUAAUUUUCCUUUUAUUAGUGUAUAUUGUGACAGCCUCUUCCUGUUAUUUUUCUCACUAUUCACUUGAAUAAAUUUGAGGUAUUUUUAUCAUUUCUUCCUUAUUUACUCUAUAUCCACAUUGUAUACAAUUUCAUUGGAUAAUUUUAUAUCAAAAAAGGAAAAUAUAUAUAUAUUUCUUUUCCUAUUAUAUAGAGCUAGUGUCAUAUCUUCUCCAUUGUCCUCUCCACAUCUCUCUCAAAAGCAAAGAAAAGAAAAAAGGUUCCUUGAGGGAGUGUCUUAUUCAUUAUCCUCUCUCUCUCCCAUUAAAAAAAGAACUCUCAUUGGGUUUGAAGAUCUUCCUUCUCUCAAGUCUCUCCCCCAUUUAGAACCCGACCUCUCUUCUUCAUUUCACUUUCUCUCAAAAAAGAAGUAAUUUUUGAGGAAAAUCUGAAAUGGGUAUGAAGAAAUUCUCCAUCUUUCUCCUCUACCUUGCAAUCCCAUUAAUCUUUUUUCACAAAAAUGAAGUUUCAUUAGUAGCCGCCGACCAAACCCUAAUCCAAAAAACAUGCACAAACACUCUUUACUACAACCUUUGCAUGUCCUCCCUUAAAUCUGACCCCACCAGCCUCACCGCCGACACCAAGGGCCUCGCCGCCAUCAUGGCUUCCAUUGGUGCCACUAACGCCACUGCCACCGCCACCUACCUCUCGUCUCAGCUCCCUACCUCUGCCUCUACUGCCGCCAACAACAACAACAAAACAAAACUCAUAAGACAAUGCUCCGAAAAAUACGGAUUUGCAGCGGAAGCCCUUAGAGCAUCUCUCAAAGACUUGGCUGAUGAGACUUAUGACUAUGCGUAUAUGCAUGUUUCUGCGGCGGCGGAUUAUGCCAAUGUUUGUCAUGAUGCCUUCAGAGGGUUCCCGGCGGUGACUUAUCCGGCGAAACUUGGCCGGAGAGAAGAAGGGUUGAAGCGUAUUUGCAGAGUGGUUUUGGGGAUUUUGGAUCUUCUUGGUUGGUGAAUCAAUCACUAUGUUCUCUCUCUAAUCAUAAUUUUGUUUUUUGUUUUUUUACUUUUGCUUUUGCUUUUGCAUUUUUUUUUUUUUUUUUUUUUUUUUUUUUUUUUUUUUUUUUUGAGGGGGGUAAUAAAUUUGUUUGUUUCUUUUUAGAUGAAAUGUUCAUGUGUGUGACUCUUUUAUCUGUUGAAUUAAUUUAUAAUUUACUUCUUCUAGAUUGAUGUGUGUGCUUGAACUAGGUUGUAAGUUGGAGUACUUUUUUAUGUUUAAUUUUUACAUAAUAGAGGAUUUUGUAUUUGUGA